CCUCAACAUAGGUAAAACACAUGUCGCAAAGCAAAACAAGAACAGCAGACAGAUCACAUGACCCACCCAUCACCCAUCACAACCAAUUCCACAUCAACAAAUCAACACCACCUCCCACAAUCUUCCCAUCACCACGACACGAACAAUGCCCACCAACCCCCAAAUAACACCCACCAACCACCUCACCUUCGACGUCUGGAACACCUCCGCCACCGGCCAUCAAGUCGCCGACUCCGCCCGCGGCUCUGCCUGGCGCGACACCCGGCGCCAAAAACUCACUCGCCAGUUCGGGUCGCGCGAUGGCGACUGUACGUCUAUCUCUGUUUUGGGGGGAAAUCGAACGGGCACGGGGAUAAAAUCUGGCGGUAAUGGUGGGGAGGAAGGUUCACGGGGGGAAUGGGUUUUUGAGUCUCCUUCUCUUCCUUCUUCUUCUUCUUCUUCUUCUUCUUCCUCCUUUUCUUUAUUGUCGGGGAGGAGGCCCAUGAUGGGGAUAGGCAAUGCGAAUGCGAAUGUCGGUCGGGAUGACGGACAGCAGCGAAAGCAGAGGGAUAUACGGAGUAUGUUCGGACAGGUUCGGAAGAGGGAGACAAAUGAGGCUUUUGGUUCCUUGGGAGAGGAGGGGAAGAUGGGGAAGAGGAUGAGGGUUGAGUCGCAGGCUGUUGCUGCUGCUGCUGCUUCUUCCGGCGCAUCGUGCUUGCCGAUGUCAACAAUUGAGUCGCCUACCUCUACGUCUACAGCUACAGCUACAGCUCCCGUUACAUCUGCAUCUAUACCUACACCUGCAGCUACGUCUACGUCUACAUCGACAUCUACACCCGCCGAUUCCCAUCCCAAUCCCCAUCCCCACCCUACUUCAUCAAUAUCCCCAUCCUCAUCCCCACCCCAAAUCCUCACCAACCUCACCAUCCACAUCAACGGUCAAACAACCCCGCACAUAUCAGACCACAAGCUCAAACGCCUGCUCGUCGCCCACGGUGCCUCCCUCGCCAUCGCCCUGAACCGAAAAGUCACGCAUCUCGUCGUCGGCCAGCCGAAUUCCGGCCCCGGUCGGGGCGGCGCCGGCGGGGGUCUCGCGGCGGGGAAACUGCAGAAGGAGAUUCAGCGCGCCGGGUGGAAGGGGAUUAAGUUGGUGAGGGUCCAGUGGGUCCUCGAUAGCAUUGCGGCCGGGAAACGUCUCUCCGAAGCGAAAUAUGCCGCUCAUCUCGUGCCGAAUCAGAAGAGCGUCUUUGGGUUGAUGAAGGCGACUGCGAAUGGAACGGCUCCUACGACUACACCUACGACCACGCCCGCAUCGUGACAUUGCUGCGAUUCCAUUAUUCUAUAAAUCGUCGUAUAUACAUUAUUCUGUGU